AUGGGAAAGGGAAAUGAAGACCCCGAUCUCCACUGCUCCUCCAUCCAGAGCUCCACUGACCAGCCCCCUUUCCAACAGAUCUCCUUUUCAGAAAAGGGCUCAGAUGAGAAGAAACCAUUCAAAGAAAAAGGCAAGACCACCUUCUCCCAUUCCAGUGAGAAGCACACGCAAAGGCAAGCAGGAUCGGAGCCCAAUCCAAAUAAGGAGAAUUCUGAGGAAACCAAGCUCAAGGCCGGGAACAGCACUGCUGGAUCAGAACCAGAGUGCAGCUCAUAUCGGGAAAACUGCAGGAAAAGAAAAAUCAGUUCCAAGGAUAGCUGCCAAGACACAGCAGGAAACUGUCCAGAAGAGGAGUGCAGCUUGACGUUGAAUAAAAAAUCAAGAGCCUCCACUGCUGUGCACCACAGUGAAAUCCAGGAGACCUGUGAUGCCCACCAUAGGGGAAGUUCCAGGGAUUGCACUGGGCUCAGCAAGCGGCAUAGGUCUCGGGCCCUAGGAGACCAAACACCGUCACUUCGAAAAAGCUUGGUGACCUCUGUGCGAGCUAUGUCGGAGGCUGUUUAUCAAGACCUAGCCCAGGUGUGGGCACAGCAGAUCCAUUCUCCACUGACCUGUGAGCAGCUGACACUGCUCACUAGGCUCCGGGGGCCUCUGUGUGCCCAGGUGCAGACCUUGUAUUCCAUGGCCACCCAGGCAGCUUAUGUCUUCCCUGCUGAGAGCUGGCUUGUCCCAGCCACACUGCCUGGUCCUGGGGAUUCAGCCCUGGAUAGAGAAGCCCAUCCCUUCCCUGGGCAGGAGAUAACUGAGCCUGUCAGUGGAUCAGAUGAGGCUAAGCUGGGAGCACCGUGA